CGGACUUCCUCGGCUAGCCCUUCUUGCCUGCAAUUAGCGGAACCUGUUGGCGCGGCCCACAAGGCUCAGCGGGGCUGCACGAGGCUUGUUGUUAAGAGGGUCAACUGCCACUCGGGCCAGGGAACAGGAAGUGAGUACCCCCAUCCCGGAAGCUGCCCCCAGAUUCUUCGCUACCCUAAGGUCCCCGCCGCCAUGCCGCAUAUCGACAAUGAUGUGAAAUUGGACUUCAAGGAUGUCCUGUUGAGGCCCAAACGCAGCACCCUUAAGUCUCGAAGCGAAGUGGAUCUGACAAGAUCCUUUUCAUUUCGGAACUCAAAGCAGAUGUACACUGGGAUUCCUAUCAUUGCUGCCAAUAUGGAUACUGUGGGCACCUUUGAAAUGGCCAAGGUUCUCUGUAAGUUCUCCCUCUUCACUGCCAUCCAUAAGCACUACAGCCUCGAUCAGUGGCAAGAGUUUGCUAGCCAGAAUCCUGACUGUCUUGAGCAUCUGGCUGCCAGCUCAGGCACAGGCACCUCUGACUUUGAGCAGCUGGAACAGAUCUUGGACUCUAUUCCCCAGGUGAAAUAUAUAUGCCUGGAUGUGGCAAAUGGCUACUCUGAACACUUUGUUGAAUUUGUAAAGGAUGUGCGGAAGCGCUUCCCCCAGCACACCAUCAUGGCAGGGAAUGUGGUAACAGGAGAGAUGGUGGAAGAGCUGAUCCUCUCUGGGGCUGACAUUAUCAAAGUGGGAAUUGGGCCAGGCUCUGUGUGUACCACCCGGAAGAAAACUGGAGUGGGGUAUCCACAGCUCAGUGCAGUGAUGGAAUGUGCGGAUGCUGCUCAUGGCCUCAAAGGCCACAUCAUUUCAGAUGGAGGCUGCAGCUGUCCUGGGGACGUGGCCAAGGCCUUUGGGGCAGGGGCUGAUUUCGUGAUGCUGGGCGGCAUGCUGGCUGGGCACAGUGAAUCAGGUGGUGAGCUCAUUGAGAGGGAUGGCAAGAAGUACAAGCUCUUCUACGGAAUGAGUUCUGAAAUGGCCAUGAAGAAAUAUGCUGGGGGCGUUGCUGAGUACAGGGCCUCAGAGGGAAAGACAGUGGAAGUCCCCUUUAAAGGGGAUGUGGAAUAUACGAUCCGAGACAUCCUAGGGGGGAUUCGCUCUACAUGUACCUAUGUGGGAGCAGCGAAGCUGAAGGAAUUGAGCCGGAGAACUACCUUCAUCCGAGUCACCCAGCAGGUGAAUCCAAUCUUCAGUGAUGGGCGCUAGACCUCUGCAGUUCUGCCCUCCCAAGGCACCAGGACUUGACCACGGGGCCUCUUAAGUGGACUGCUCACCCUUCCCAGCUACUGUGGCUGUUUAUAACCUUGUCAAGUCCUCACUCCUGAGGACUUUGCAGUAACUCUGUACAUCUGUAUCUGCUCACACACAAUGCCCAGAGCACUCACUGGGGAGGAAGCAAGGAAGACAGUGAAAAUGAAGAUAACCAAAUAGGAAUCCAGAAACCCAGCAUCCUGAGGAUUAAAAGGAAAAGACUCACACCAACCUAUGGUAUGAUGGUUAAGGUGGCUGGAUCCUUUGCUAACUGCUAGAUUCAAGCCCCAGACCUAGCAGCUUGAAAAAAACACUGGGUACAUGUGUGUCCAGAAUGCCAAAAGGAGGGAGAUGGAGAAGGAAAUGCAGUGUGAUCAUUUCCCAUGGGGAGCACUUUCUCUUUCUCUCACUCUGUCCAGUAAGUGCAUGCACUCUCUGGCAACAUGUUUGAAAAGAAAACAAAAACAGGAAAGACACUGAUUGAUGCCAUAACUUGUAUAUGGCCUUGGUCUGGAAGAGGUAUGCUUUUAGAAUCAUGUUUUAUUCAACUUCAUUAAAUGAAUAUUUUAAAAUCUC